AAUGAAAUUAAAUGAGCACAUUGUAAAAGGGAUUGAAAAAGAUAUUUCUCCUUUCUAUUAUUACGAUUUAAAGGUUUUAGAGGAGACUUUAAUGACUGUGAAGAAUGAAUCUUCAAAAUAUAAUUACAAAGUACAUUAUGCUGUAAAAGCAAAUUUUAAUCCCAAAAUUAUGCGUUUAAUUUCCAAUUAUGGCUUUGGAGCUGAUUGCGUAAGUGGUAAUGAAAUAAUUCAUGCUUUAAAAAUGGGAUUUUCAAGUAAUGACAUCGUUUUGGCUGGUGUUGGAAAAACUGAUAGAGAAAUUCGUUUGGCAUUGGAAAAUAAUAUAUUUUGUCUGAAUGUUGAAUCUUUGGAAGAAUUGAAAAUAAUUAAUAAUAUUGCUCUUGAUAUGGGAAAAUUUGCUCCUGUAGCUCUUCGAUUAAAUCCUAAUAUUAAUGCAAAAACACACCAUUAUAUUACAACUGGUUUGUCAGAAAAUAAGUUUGGAAUACCUUUAACAAUGUUAGAUAACAUUUUGGAUGAAAUACAAACAAUGGAUAAUAUUUAUUUGAAAGGAUUACAUUUUCAUAUUGGUUCUCAGAUAACAGACUUAACCGUGUAUGAAGAUCUUUGUAAGCAGGUUAAUGAAAUACAAAUUGACUUGGAAAAGAGAAACAUUAACUUGGAUCACAUAAACGUUGGUGGUGGAUUGGGGAUUAAUUACAAUAAUCCAGAUGAUAGUGAGGCUUAUAAUGUUUCUAAUUAUUUUGCAUUAUUUGAUAAAUAUUUGGAUAAAAGACCAAACCAAAGUUUACACUUUGAAAUUGGUCGUUCGAUUGUUGGAACUUGUGGAUCGUUAAUUACAAAAGUUCUAUUCGUAAAAAAAGGUAUACAAACAGAUUUUGUGGUAGUCGAUGCCGGAAUGACAGAACUCAUUCGUCCAGCACUAUAUCAAUCAUAUCAUCAAAUAAAUAAUCUAAGUUCACUUGAUGAAAGUUGUAGAUACCAUGUAGUAGGUCCAAUUUGCGAGAGUUCCGAUUGCUUUGGUAAGAAUAUUAUUUUACCAAAGACAAGAAGAGGAGAUAUAAUUGCAAUUCGUAGUGCAGGAGCCUACGGACAAGUGAUGUCCUCCAGAUAUAAUCUUAGGAGUACAGCUCCAGCUCUCUAUAGUGAUGGUACGAAAGUUGGUUUUGAUGACAAACAACUAUUUCCAGACUCAAUUUUCACGGAUAAAGAUCAUUUUUUAACUCCAGCAAGGGCAGCAAGAAUGAAACCAACUGCAGGUGUUUGGUUAGCUUCUAGAGUACCUGGAAGUUGGAUUCAAGCAGACCUAUGUUAG